UUUGUUUAUAAUUUAUCAACUUGAGGUACAUAUUGGAAUUUUUUUAUGGCAUGCACCCACGAGGAAAUGCAUCUCUUUUCAAUGGUAUUUGUGUGAUAUUCAAAUUUUCUUCUCCUUUAAGGCUGAUUCUUGGAUAUAUUACAGCCUUCUGGCCUACUUUAUGAUGUGAGCCCUUCAUUGAAAUGUUUUAAGUGGGGCACUACAAAGCAGUGACAUGUGGGACGACUAAGCUACAUUUACAUGCACGUGCAGACAGUGCAUCACCCAAUAUGUAUUAGAGGGUCAGUGGGGACGUCAGGGGUAGGAGGUCUACUGCAGUGUAAAUUAAACCAGGGAAAUUUGUUCUGGGUUCUCCUUGUGGAAAUUUGCUAAGCUGUUUUGGCUAUCCUUAAAGCCGCUGGAAUAUUGACAAGUGGGUACAGAGAGCCCGCCUACCAGGAAAAUUUCCAGGGCAGCCUCGGGUAUAAAUACUGACACUGGGGCUCUACGACACUGCAGGGUGUAAGCCAGCUGGACCUCACCUAUUAUAAGACUGGCCAACUAAAAGCUGCCCAUCUUCUAGGCUUUCAGGACCCAGUCUGCACAGUUUGAACCAUAAUGGAGGAAGAGAUUGUGAUCAUUGAGAAGAUCAGCCGAAAAUCAGUAAGUACUGAGGAAUGGGAACGAGAGUGGCGUCACUUUCUAGCUGGGGAAGAGGACGACACUGGAGUGACCAGGAGCUAUGCCCGUUUCCGUGCCAACAUCCCGUCUCCUGACGAGGACACGUAUCUUUGCGUGCAUGAUGAUGGGUCUGUGUGUAUGGAUGGCAAGGCUACACAGUCUAACACUAUUUUCCAAGUGGCACACGUGUUUAUUCCCCACACAAAUUACUAUCAAAUCAUCUGUAAAGGAGGGAGGUGUAACAACUAUAUUCUCUACGUUGAUCAAACAAACGGUGAGAGGAAGCUGAAAGCAAGGCCAUAUAACAAAGAAGUGGACUCCUUGAACAGGGGCUUGAACAGACCAACACCAACACUGUUCAAGUUUGAAGAAGUGUGUGACACCAACGUGUACAUCACAACCUUGGGCGACCAAUCAUAUCACUUCACCGUGGACUCUGCUGAAGAUGGGAAUAAUUCCACAUCCUCGCGCGUGAUCCUCAGAGAAAGCCCACCAGUUGACAUUUCAUUUGAACUCACUGUCAUCAAAAUGUAAGGCUGUCUCCUUCACUGUACAAAGGGGAUUAAAGUGCUUUCCGUAAAAAGGCAUUAUUAAGUGAUGUUAGUGUUAAGGCAGCUUGCUGAUACUGUCCGACUUGCCUGUGUAAAACUCUGAAAGAGGUAAACUCAAAGCUCGGAGAUACAUAUAUCUGACAUGAUUUCUCCUAAACUUGUUUUCUUAUUUUUUGAAAUAACCAUUGUUUCCUAUUUCUUUUCCCCCAUCAAUCGUUCUGUAAUGGUCUUUAUAAAAACCGGUUUCCUUAUUUACAAUAACCAUAAGUUUGGGUGAAAACCAAAAAUUUCCUACAUCUACAAACUGCACACACAGUAAAUGACCUGAACCUUCAUGCAUGACUAAGGUGCAUAUUUCUCUUGAUCCUGAGAAUUCAUUUGAUUUCAGAAAAGGGUUUUGGAGUUUGUUUAGAAGCUAGGAUGAUUUCCUAAUGGAAAGUACAAGUUUCAGCACCAAAUGUAAUCUUCCAUGACAUAUGUUGCCCCUAAAAAUGC